AAUGGGCACAAGAGCUGAUGGGAGAAGAAAGUUAGAUUGUUACUAACAGGGAAAAAAAAUCAGGCUCCUGGCAGCGAGAACUAAUUUCCAAAAUGACUCCUCCGAAAAGGGACAUAAACACAAGUGACCAAAAAGAUCAAAAACCUAAGGAAGAAGAGGACUUGGAACACUUCUCAAAAGAACUAAUGUCCAAGACAGCUACCCCUCCAAAAAGAACCAUAAGCACAAGUGACCAGGAACACCAAAAAGCCAAGGAAGAAGAGAACUUGGCAGCCUCCUCAAAAGAACUACUGAUGUCCAAGACGGCUACCCCUCCAAAAAGAACCAUAAGCACAAAUGACCAGAAAUGCCAAAAACACAAGAAAGAAAAGGACUUGGCAGCCUCCUCAAAAGAACUACUGAUGUCCAAGACAGCUACCCUUCCAAAAAGAACCAUAAGCACGAGUGACCAGAAACGCCAAAAACGUAAGAAAGAAAAGGACUUGGAAGCCUCCUCAAAAGAACUACUGAUGUCCAAGACAGCUACCCCUCCAAAAAGAACCAUAAGCACAAGUGACCAGGAACACCAAAAAGCCAAGGAAGAAGAGAACUUGGAAGCCUCCUCAAAAGAACUACUGAUGUCCAAGACGGCUACCCCUCCAAAAAGAACCAUAAGCACAAGUAACCAGGAACACCAAAAAGCCAAGGAAGAAGAGAACUUGGAAGCCUCCUCAAAAGAACUACUGAUGUCCAAGACGGCUACCACUCCAAAAAGAACCAUAAGCACAAGUGACCAGAAACGCCAAAAACAUAAGAAAGAAAAGGACUUGGAAGACUCCUCAAAAGAACUACUGAUGUCCAAGACGGCUACCCCUCCAAAAAGAACCAUAAGCAUGAGUGACCAGGAAUACCAAAAAUGUAAGAAAGAAGAGGACUUGGAAGCCUCCUCAAAAGAACUAAUGUCCAAGACAGCUACCCUUCCAAAAAGAACCAUAAACCCAAGUGACCAGGAACACCAAAAAGCCAAGGAAGAAGAGAACUUGGAAGCCUCCUCAAAAGAACUAGUAAUGUUUAAGAUGGCUACUUCUCCAGAAAGAACCAUGAAGCCAAGUGACCAGGAACACCAAAAAGCCAAGGAAGAAGUGAACUUGGAAGCUUUCUCAAAAGAAUUACUGAUGUCCAAGAUGGCUACUCCUCCAAAAAAAACCAUAAGCACAAGUGACCAGGAACACCAAAAAGCCAAGGAAGAAAAGGACUUGGAAGCCUCCUCAAAAGAAUUGCUGAUGUCCAAGACGGCUACCACUCCAAAAAGAACCAUAAGCACAAGUGACCAGAAACGCCAAAAACGUAAGAAAGAAAAGGACUUGGAAGACUCCUCAAAAGAACUACUGAUGUCCAAGACGGCUACCCCUCCAAAAAGAACCAUAAGCAUGAGUGACCAGGAAUACCAAAAAUGUAAGAAAGAAGAGGACUUGGAAGCCUCCUCAAAAGAACUACUGAUGUCCAAGACCGCUACCCCUCCAAAAAGAACCAUAAGCACAAGUAACCAGGAACACCAAAAAGCCAAGGAAGAAGAGAACUUGGAAGCCUCCUCAAAAGAACUAGUAAUGUUUAAGAUGGCUACUUCUCCAGAAAGAACCAUGAAGCCAAGUGACCAGGAACACCAAAAAGCCAAGGAAGAAGAGGACUUGGAAGCCUCCUCAAAAGAAUUACUGAUGUCCAAGAUGGCUACUCCUCCAAAAAAAACCAUAAGCACAAGUGACCAGGAACACCAAAAAGCCAAGGAAGAAAAGGACUUGGAAGCCUCCUCAAAAGAAUUGCUGAUGUCCAAGAUGGCUACUCCUCCAAAAAAAACCAUAAGCACAAGUGACCAGGAACACCAAAAAGCCAAGGAAGAAAAGGACUUGGAAGCCUCCUCAAAAGAAUUGCUGAUGUCCAAGAUGGCUACUCCUCCAAAAAAAACCAUAAGCACAAGUGACCAGGAACACCAAAAAGCCAAGGAAGAAAAGGACUUGGAAGCCUCCUCAAAAGAAUUACUGAUGUCCAAGAUGGCUACUCCUCCAAAAAAAACCAUAAGCACAAGUGACCAGGAACACCAAAAAGCCAAGGAAGAAAAGGACUUGGAAGCUUCCUCAAAAGAACUAGUAAUGUUUAAGAUGGCUACUUCUCCAGAAAGAACCAUGAAGCCAAGUGACCAGGAACACCAAAAAGCCAAGGAAGAAGUGAACUUGGAAGCUUUCUCAAAAGAAUUACUGAUGUCCAAGAUGGCUACUCCUCCAAAAAAAACCAUAAGCACAAGUGACCAGGAACACCAAAAAGCCAAGGAAGAAAAGGACUUGGAAGCCUCCUCAAAAGAAUUGCUGAUGUCCAAGACGGCUACCACUCCAAAAAGAACCAUAAGCACAAGUGACCAGAAACGCCAAAAACGUAAGAAAGAAAAGGACUUGGAAGACUCCUCAAAAGAACUACUGAUGUCCAAGACGGCUACCCCUCCAAAAAGAACCAUAAGCAUGAGUGACCAGGAAUACCAAAAAUGUAAGAAAGAAGAGGACUUGGAAGCCUCCUCAAAAGAACUACUGAUGUCCAAGACGGCUACCCCUCCAAAAAGAACCAUAAACACAAGUGACCAGGAACACCAAAAAGCCAAGGAAGAAGAGAACUUGGAAGCCUCCUCAAAAGAACUAGUAAUGUUUAAGAUGGCUACUUCUCCAGAAAGAACCAUGAAGCCAAGUGACCAGGAACACCAAAAAGCCAAGGAAGAAGUGAACUUGGAAGCUUUCUCAAAAGAAUUACUGAUGUCCAAGAUGGCUAUUCCUCCAAAAAAAACCAUAAGCACAAGUGACCAGGAACACCAAAAAGCCAAGGAAGAAAAGGACUUGGAAGCCUCCUCAAAAGAAUUGCUGAUGUCCAAGACGGCUACCACUCCAAAAAGAACCAUAAGCACAAGUGACCAGAAACGCCAAAAACGUAAGAAAGAAAAGGACUUGGAAGCCUCCUCAAAAGAACUACUGAUGUCCAAGACGGCUACCCCUCCAAAAAGAACCAUAAGCACAAGUAACCAGGAACACCAAAAAGCCAAGGAAGAAGAGAACUUGGAAGCCUCCUCAAAAGAACUAGUAAUGUUUAAGAUGGCUACUUCUCCAGAAAGAACCAUGAAGCCAAGUGACCAGGAACACCAAAAAGCCAAGGAAGAAAAGGACUUGGAAGCCUCCUCAAAAGAAUUACUGAUGUCCAAGAUGGCUACUCCUCCAAAAAAAACCAUAAGCACAAGUGACCAGGAACACCAAAAAGCCAAGGAAGAAAAGGACUUGGAAGCCUCCUCAAAAGAAUUGCUGAUGUCCAAGAUGGCUACUCCUCCAAAAAAAACCAUAAGCACAAGUGACCAGGAACACCAAAAAGCCAAGGAAGAAAAGGACUUGGAAGCCUCCUCAAAAGAAUUGCUGAUGUCCAAGAUGGCUACUCCUCCAAAAAAAACCAUAAGCACAAGUGACCAGGAACACCAAAAAGCCAAGGAAGAAAAGGACUUGGAAGCUUCCUCAAAAGAAUUAUUGAUGUCCAAGAUGGCUACUCCUCCAAAAAAAACCAUAAGCACAAGUGACCAGGAACACCAAAAAGCCAAGGAAGAAAAGGACUUGGAAGCUUCCUCAAAAGAAUUGCUGAUGUCCAAGAUGGCUACUCCUCCAAAAAAAACCAUAAGCACAAGUGACCAGGAACACCAAAAAGCCAAGGAAGAAAAGGACUUGGAAGCUUCCUCAAAAGAAUUACUGAUGUCCAAGAUGGCUACUCCUCCAAAAAAAACCAUAAGCACAAGUGACCAGGAACACCAAAAAGCCAAGGAAGAAAAGGACUUGGAAGCUUCCUCAAAAGAAUUACUGAUGUCCAAGAUGACUACACCUCCAAAAAAAACCAUAAGCACAAGUGACCAGGAACACCAAAAAGCCAACGAAGAAGAGAACUUGGAAGCCUCCUCAAAAGAACUAAUGUCCAAGAUGGCUACUCCUCCAAAAAGAACCAUAAACACAAGUGACCAGGAAUACCAAAAAUGUAGAAAAGAAGAGGACGUAGAAGCCUCCUCAAAAGAAUUAACUUCCAAGAUGGCUACUUCUCCAAAAGAAACCAAAACCACAAGUGACCAGGAGCACCAAAAAGCCAAGGAAUACGAAAACUUGUAUAACUUGUUGAAAGAACUAAUUUCCAAGAUGGCUACUCUUUCAAAAAGAAACAUAAAGACAUGUAACCAGGAAUAUCAAAAAGCCAAGGAAGAGAACUUGGAAGACUCCUCAAGAAGUAAAGAAGAGUGCAAGACUUUUGAGCAACUAAAGUCUCGCAUGGCUACUCUUCUAAAACAAUACCAAAAAUCAUAUGACCAGAAACACCAAAAGACCACAGAAGACUUCUCAACAGUUCCAAAAGGUGACAAACUUGCAAAGACUCUUUGGAGCAUGUUCAAGAUGAUUCGUCAGCAACCUCUUCUAUUCAACUACCCCCAACCUGGAAAUGGAGAGAGUACCCCUCCCCAACGAACCCUAUUUUACCUCCAGCUCCGCCAGUACCUGUGGUCAAUGGGGAAGGAAGGCUGGAUCACCAAACUAGGAGGCCUCGGUUCACUCUCAGUCAUCAGAGGACAACACCAUGCUCUUGUAUUUACUGUGGAAGUGUGUCAAGACCACACUCAUGCUUCUAUUCAAAGGCAAUAAAAUCUCUAAAGAACUUGGA